GGCUAAAAUUUAAUCUAGAUGGUUUCUUGUCGGUUCACUUUCAGUUUCAGAACAGUGUAGCUGAGCUACAGGGUGCGGUUUCCUGGCCACUCUAAAAAGCAGCUGCAGACAAUCUGAGCUCUGUGUCUAGACUCUGGCUGCAGCACUGUACUGUACUCUUUGACCAAAGAAGGGAAAACAAGGAUUACAACCCAAACAUGGCCAGUAAAUCCGGAUCUAGCAGAAAAAAUAAUGGGGAGUUGAGGAUAGUGAUGGUGGCGAAGACCGGGAGUGGGAAGAGCGCCACUGGGAACACCAUUCUGGGGCGAACAUGCUUCGAAUCUAAGUUCAGUCCUGUGUCUAUGACUGAGGAGUGCUCUAAGGCCUCAGCCAUGGUGGGCGGCCAACGGGUGGUUGUCAUUGACACGCCGGGCUUGUUUGACACCAGGUGCAGCGAGUAUAAAACAGCUAAAGAUUUAUGCCAGUGCAUCUCUUACGCUUCUCCUGGACCCCAUGUGUUUCUGGUGACCAUCAAGCUGGGCAGAUACACUGAAGAGGAAAAGCAGACGGUGCAAAAGAUUCAAGAAAUGUUUGGCCAGGCAGCAGACAAAUACAGCAUGGUUCUCUUUACGCACGGCGACCAACUGCAAGGCACCACCAUUGAGGACUUUGUGAAUCAAAGCUCAGACCUUCAGGAACUCGUGGACAGAUGUAACGGCCACUACCACGUCUUCAAUAAUACGAUAAACAAUCGCUCCCAGGUCACUGAGCUGCUCCAGAAGAUCAGAUGUUUAGUUAUGAAUAACGGAGGAAGCCACUACACCAACGAGAUGUUCCAAGAGGCCGAGAGGAAAAUCGAAGAGGAGAAACAACGCAUCCUGAAAGAAAACGAGGAGAAAAUACGAAAAGAAAGAGAGGAACUGGAGAGGAAACUUAAGGAACAACAUGAGAGAGAAAUUCAGAAAAUGAUUGCAGAAUUAAAGGCUGAGGCAGAGAGGGAGAGGAAAAAGAGAGAGGUGGAGUGGAAGGGGGAGAAGCAGGAGAUAAUUAUGAAAAUAAACCAAGAGAGAGAAGAGAGACAAGCAGAGAAAAAAGAGUUCAGGAAGAGGGAGAAGGAGAUGCAGAAGAUUGAUGAGAGAAGACAGAGGGAGUUGGAAUGGAGAGAGCAACAGAUGUAUGAGGAAAGACAGAGGGACAAGGAAGAGAGACAAGCGGAGAGGGAGAGGGACAGGUUGGAGAGGCUGCAGAUAUACGAGGAAAGACAGAGGGAGAAGGUGGACAAAGAAGCAGAGAGAGAGAGGGACAGGUUGGAGAGGCAGCGCAUGAAUGAGGAAAGACAGAGGGAGAGGAUCGAAGCAGAGAGGCUGAAAGCAAGUAUAGACGAAAUGGUUAAUAGGAAGAGGAGAGAGCAACAAAUAGAACGGGAAGAGCAACAACGUAUGUUGAUAGUGAGGCACGAACGUGAGGCGAGAGACACGGCUGAGAAGUCAGAUGGCUUCUUCGAUCAUGUACUAAAUGCUGGUAGAAAAUUUGGCCAAGGAAUUAAACACGCUGGAAAGGCAUUGGCCAGUUUGUUUAAAUGGUAAAAUACAAAUGAAAGAAGGUAUUUAAAAAUGUUUUUUAGUGAAUGUCAGAAAGAGGUCCAGACCUUUUUUCUGGCCCAGGCUUAGCUCUUAUUUAUGUGACAUAUAUACUCACAAUCACAUAUAUCUGAGUGAAAAAAAUGUGUUAGAACUAUAUGCUGCAUGUUUGUAAGGCUAAGUCACUCCUCAUCUCACAUUGCCAUAUAUAGGGUUUUUGCAUAUGGCCUAAGGAGAUAUUUAACAUUGAACAGCAUAUAAUGUUUGCAUAUCAUUAAAACUUUAAAGAUCAUAUCAAAAUCCAUAUGUUUUGGGGCACAGAAAGAGUCUUUGCUGCAGCGGCCACAGGUUCAAGUCCCACCUGUGGCCAUCUGCUGUGACAUCCCCUCUCUCUCUCUCAGGCAAGAAUUCAGUGUUGUUGUGGUGCUUGAGGAGCAAAGCGAAACCCCCUACUCUUGCAUAUUAUUAAGUUAACCUAAAACUGUGCCAAUAGCAUUUGCACAUUGUGACUUCUGCUGCUUGACUUCAGGGAUUUAGGAUCAUCAUGAAAUUAACAUUAUCCAAAGAAGGGGAGCAGAUUUUGCAGUCGGCACCGGCCCACAGACUGUAAGGCGAGACAACUACAUUAAAUUAUACAUUUUGGGUGAAGUAUUCCUUAUUCCUUCCUCCAUCCAACUAUUAUAUUGUGCCUUUUCCAUCCUAGGAAAAAAAAAAUCAGCUUGCAGAACUGAAAGAUGCUGAUGAUAAUACUUUUGUAAGACUUUUACUUGUUACUGAGUGUUGUUAUCCUGUGGUAUUACUUACUUUCGUAAGUAAAACAUCACAAUAUGUCUUCCACCAUUUACUAUCAUUAUUAUAAUUUUUAUUAAUAUGAGUAGUAGAGAUAGCAGUGUAACAGCAGUAGGUAUAAUCGUGUGAAGCUACACAACUGUUCAUUUCCAACAGUGCUCGACAAGCUUAAGUUACAUUCAAGUUACCUGACAGAUAUGAACACAUUUUCUUACCUGUCUGUUGUGUGAUCUUCAUUAUGAAAGAAAAUGUCCCUGUAAAUUACAAGUAAAAAGGGUCAAAAUGAAUAACACGUGUAUGGAUAUUCUGAAUAAAUCCUUAAAAUGUU